AUGAAUACACCUACGCAGCCGCAGAUUCGGCGCAAGCCAAUCGGUGCAUCUCCGGUUCCUCAAACGGCAUCCGUCAGCAGUUCCUUUGACACCGAAGAGGCUCCGCCACCGCUUCCGGCCCGGCCACAGCUCGGCCACAGGCUUAGGACAGAUGUGCAACCGCCAAUACGGCCGGGCUCCCGCGGGGCAGAGCCGCUCCUCCAGGUCCCGGUUGCCCGGGGGCUCCGGCUACAGAAGAGCAUGCCUGAGCUCUCUAGGGUUGCUUUGGAACCACCUCCCAGCCCGCUUGAUGCCGAACCGGCGACUCAUGCUACCACGUUUGGCCCCAGUGUUAGCCCCGAGACCAAUAAUGUCAGCAAGAAGACAUUUAUGCAAAACGCGCUCGCUGAGGCGAAGCAUUUCGCCGGCGGCCUGAUACCGCAUCCAACGGAGUCAACCAAGCAUUACACCAUCCUCCGGCACUCUCCCGCGCUCAUCUUUUAUCGGGGCCCCAGCACGUCAGUUGAGGUGACCAUCUUCAGCUCACCGGACAAACCCUUACCCGGGGAUCGUACUUUCUGGCUACAGCAACGCGGCUUUUCCGGAGACAAGGGGAUGAAGAUCAAGGCAUUCUUCAACGCGACGGAUAGCUGGUUGCACGUCACACCGUCGACCCAGGUCGAGGCUCAUCAGUUGGCCGCUGAUACCGAUCGUGCCUGGCAAAGGGACAUAGGGAAAGCGUCUAAGAAGUUGGUGAAAGAGAGAGGGCUGAAAAAGGGCCACGUCCCAAGAGAAACACAUGUCAUCCGAGUCCCCGAGGCCUCCGACGACGGGUAUUUCCGCCUCAUUCUCUGCACUGGCAAGGGGACGCCUAACGAAGACAAUGAAAGCUCGUCCAGGUGCAAGAUAUUGUGCACCAGUCCCAUUUUCCGCGUUGCGAGUACAUCUACGGAUUCUAGCGUAUUCCGCGGUGCUUCCCUAAGCACAAUGCCAUUAGAGAUGGGCGUGUACGUGGCAUCUAGGGUUGCAACUACAGCAGCAGAGAGGUACACCGCUCCCGUCCGAAUGCCAGUUGACCGCGUCCUAGGCAAGGUCCGCCCGGGACUAGCUACCGAGACCAUUGGAGGAUACGUACGGGACGGUCUAAACGAACGGGCCGCGGAGCGCGACGCCCAACAAGACCGAGAAUACUUCCCCUCCCACAAAGCCCACGUCAGUCGAUCGCUCCAGACGGACCCCACCACACUCAUAGCCAUCGGCCCCGACUCCGGCCCUGAACGGCCGUUUCCGCUGCAGUUCCAAGGGAAAGUCGUCCGUGGCACAGGUCGGAGCCAGGCGGAACUCGGAAUCCCCACGGCCAAUCUCUCUGGUGUCCCGGAUGAGAUCCGAUACCGUCUGCUUGGGGUGUAUUUUGGCUGGGCCUGCAUCUUACCGAAGAACCGAGCGGCCACGACGGCAGGUGCUGAUACAGCAGAUUCGCCGAAGUGGUACGAAGCGAUCAUCACCGUUGGCCCGUGCCGUUAUGCCCCCCUUUCUGCGAACCCCAAACCUAUCGUGGCAGUUCAUCUUCUGAAUUAUUCCCGGCCUGUUGGGGCCAACACCCCCCCGAAGAACAAUACUAAAGGCUCAACCCUUCUCGGCGAAACACUCAAGAUCUUAACCCUAGGCCUCCUCCACCCACCUUUACCGUCGUCGCCAUCACAACCACCACAAACCCCCUCAACCUCAUCCUCCCCCAUCUCCCCCCAACCACCCCCCGCAACGGAACCCCCCACCAGCCCCCUCCUGAUCACCCACUCCCGUAACAUCUCCCUAACCCUCCUUUCCCUCUCCCGACCACACUGGCACCCAGAAUCUGUCGUCAUUCUAUCCGCUCUAGAGGCCCAGAUGACAGCAUCCACAUCCACAGCCACGAGAGGUCUUCUAGGAAGUGAGUCCUCCAGGGGAUUCACGAUGGCCGGGGUAGUGAAGAAGGGGGUAGUCAAUGGGAUGGGUGGGGUUGCGCACCGUGUGGGGGUCAGGGUGAAGGGGGUUGGGGAGGAGAGGGAUCGGAUUAGGGGGGAGGGGGGGCAUUGGGUUCGGUGGUGA